CACCAUGGAGGAAGCAAGUCAGACAACAGAUGAGAUGUGGGACGACAUUGCUUAUGACGUAGGCUCCAUGGCACACGAUGAUGCGGGUCCAUCCCAUAUGUUUGCCCAUAGAGACACAUUUGGGUCCCCAUCCAUGAGGAGCGAUGGUACUUGCCCACCCACACCCCCUAGUACAUCUCUGUUGCCCACCACCCGUACGUCUCCCCCACUGACUGCCGGUCUUGCCCCCGCAGUUUUAGAUGAUAGAGAUGAGAUGAGGUUCAUGCCCACUCCUGGGCGACCCACCCCUGUUGCUGUCCCCCCUGAGUUUGUGCAUACCGAGUUUAUCCAGACAAAGAUACCCACCCCCCCACCAGAGCCUUUGCACAUCGAGGAUCGGCCACGAAGGCCGCAACGCACACGGACACAUCCUCCUGACUGUGGGACUGGACAUGGCAAGGUGAGACCAGUCAAGGAACCGGUGAGGAGAAGAAAACGAGAAUGAUUCAAGAAUGGGCAAGAAUUUGUGCUACUUUGGGUUUGUAAUGGUGUAGGAUCUUUUUGUCAUGUAUAGGAUCUUCUUGUUCUUUGGUGAUAUAUAUAUAUAGUAGCACAUAUAUUUUGGCAAUGAACAUGAACAUUUGGGCUUACAAUCUGAUAUAUUUUUUGUUCGUAACUUGCAAAAUUCUGCCAAUGAACUUCAGAAAUUUCCAUUUGAGAUCUAUAGAAUAACUUAUGUAAAUUAUGUUUCAGUUGCACAACUGUUUUUUUUUCCUAGUAAAUU